ACUCGCCUUCUCCUAGAGCCCAGCAGGCCUGUAUCAGCCACCGCCUUCUGCCCGGGGGAAGCCAGCUGCAGUUUGAAAUGCAAUAGCCUACUCGGUCGGGAUUGAGACUUGAGCACCAGCAGCCUUGCAUUGCCUUCUCACGUAGGAUGUGUGACUUCUUGAAGCUCCCUGAAGACACGCAAAUGCUCUAGCAGGAUAAAAUUCUACUAGAGUGAACCCCAAGUGAGACAGAAGAAGAGCUUGCCAUGGAGGAUCUCCCCACUAUGGUUAAACUGGACCACAGUGAAAACCAGAUUUCACCAUCUCGAGGCAGAAGAUGCAUCCCCAAGGCACUUGGCUAUGUCACCGGCGACAUGAAAGAAUUCGCCGAAUGGCUUCAAGACAAGCCUGUGGUACUCCAGUUCAUCAGCUGGGUUCUCCGGGGCAUAUCCCAAGUGGUGUUCGUCAGCAACCCCAUCAGUGGUAUCCUGAUCGUGGUGGGGCUUCUGGUCCAGAACCCCUGGUGGGCUCUCACAGGCUGUGUGGGUGCAGUGGUCUCUACUCUGACUGCCCUCUUGCUCAGCCAGGACAGGUCGGCCAUAGCAGCGGGGCUCCAGGGCUACAAUGCCACGCUGGUGGGAGUACUCAUGGCUGUCUUUUCAGAGAAGGGAAACUAUUUCUGGUGGCUGUUAUUCCCCGUAUCUGCUGUGUCCAUGACGUGCCCAAUCUUCUCAAGUGCAUUGAACUCUGUGUUCUGCAAGUGGGACCUGCCUGUCUUCACCUUCCCUUUCAACAUGGCCUUAUCAAUGUACCUGUCAGCCACAGGACACUACAAUGCAUUCUUUCCAAGCACCCUGAUCAUACCUGUAGCCUCCGUUCCCAAUAUCACCUGGCCUAAUCUCAGCGCCCUGGAGUUACUGAAGGCUCUGCCGGCGGGAGUCGGACAGAUAUAUGGCUGUGACAACCCAUGGACUGGGGGCAUCUUCCUGUUCGCCAUCCUCCUCUCCUCCCCACUCAUGUGCAUACACGCUGCCAUUGGAUCUUUGCUGGGCAUAGUAGCUGGACUCAGCCUUGCAGCUCCAUUUAAGGACAUCUAUUUCGGACUCUGGGGUUUCAACAGCUCUCUGGCCUGCAUCGCAAUUGGAGGAAUGUUCUUGGCACUCACCUGGCAAACCCACCUCCUGGCUCUCGCCUGCGCCCUGUUCACCGCCUACCUCGGAGGAAGCCUGACAAACCUAAUGGCCAGGGUUGGACUGCCGGCCUGCACCUGGCCCUUCUGCCUGGGCACACUACUGUUCCUCCUGCUGACCACCAAAAACCCCAACAUCUACAAGAUGCCCCUCAGUAAAGUCACUUACUCGGAGGAAAACCGCAUCUUUUACCGACAAACCAAGAAAAGGAUGGUGGACAGCCCUCUCUGAGAGUGACCGCCACCCACAGCCAUGGUCCUGAGUCAUUUCCACCUGCCUACUUCGCCAUUUCAUCCCCAGGUCCCAACAAACUGUUGUUGUUGAUACUAACCGAUGGGUGAUGUGUUCUUAAGCUCAUUUCCUAUUUUUCUUUUGGACUCCAGGAAUAUCUUCAAGCACAUGAGAGCCACAUUCAGCUAAUGUGCUCUCAUAUAGAAGUUUAAACCCCUGUAGGGAUUGGCACUAAGCCUAUAAUGUAUUUAUAAAGUCAAAAUGCUCCAACAGGAAGAGGAAGUAAAUCAGGAGCUAAUUAUCGAUAUUUGCUGAUGUCUUGGUGUUUUAUUGGCUGGAUGAUGUUAACAGUAUUACAGAUGAAGAUCUGUGAAAACAAUGAAGCCUGGAAUUCUCACAGAAACAGACUGUUCUUUUCAAAUCAAUGCAUGUUACACAUUAAAGCUGUGGUCACCACAGCAGGUGCAGCCUGGCCGGGCGCUGGCUCCCCAGGUCGUCAGCAGUGUGGCCUCCCUGCUCCACCGUGUGAGUGUGUGUGUGGCAUUCUCUAAGGGAGAUAAUUGGGUUUUUUCAGGCCCACAGAGCUGCAGGAGUAGGCAAGGGAUUUUAUCCAUCAACAUUAUUCUGUAACUGCCACUUUUCUCAGAUAUGGCAAAGGACUUUUAAAGGUAGAGUUUACUAAUUUUUCUUGUGAGAAAAGAUAUGUUUUCAGUGAGUUGGAGAAGUUCCUGGUGUAAUCAAUGCCUAGACAUGUUUAUAAAAUACUCAGCACAGCUAUUUCUACUCUAAUCCCUUAGUUGAUUCUGUGAAUGCCACAAAGGCAUAGUAUCAUCAACAUCUAAGAGCCCUUAAAAGUCACAUUUCUAACUCACUUAAGGAUGACUGGAGGUUAAGGUCAGAUUGUGUACAGGUGUUAUUUUUAGAAAUUGUUGAAUUUGUGAUGUAAAAAAAAUAUUUCCUGCAUACUUAUAAUAUCCUCUCUCAGAAACCAAUGGUAUUUGAACCACCUAAAAGAAAUAGAUAAAGUUAAGGAAGUCUCCUGCUUUUCUUUUUAAUGUAAUAGAGUUCUAAGUUCUCAAAAUGUUCUAUGAGCAAACAUGCUAAUGAAGGCGGUGAAAAGCUACGCUCACUGCCUUCCACUUCAGUAUGUACCCGUUCAGUGUUCUGGAGGUCAGAAAUGUGAAACUUUGGAAUCGCCUUCCGGUCUGCAGCGCCCCAAGCACAAUACUCAGUUUUCUGAAUGGAUAAACAGCAGUGGGGUGGUAAACCCGCGAGUAUUUUAGGGAAGUCACCUCUUCUUUUUCUCAGGCAAACAGACAAGCAAACACUGUUCCAACUAAGAAACCCUGAGGGCAGGGCCGGGCAUUUGGUGCAGCUGUGCAGAUGCCCCCGGGGAAACUUGGGCUAGUGCAGGGCAGGGUUCGAGUCCCGUCUCUGCUUCGGACUCCACCUUCCUGCUAAUGCACAGCCUGGGAGGAAGCAGUAAUGACUCAGUGCUUGGGUGCCUGCCACCCACAUGGGAGACUUAGCUAUUGUGGGACUUAAGGGAGUAAACCAGCAAAUGGGAGAUCUCUUUCUCUCUCCUUUUCAAAUAAAUAAUAAAAUAAUUUUUUAAACGUUUUUAAAAACCUGUGAUCAAAAUCUUUUGAAAUCAUGAGUUUGAAACUGUCAUAGAUAUAUUGAUAUUCCUGCGGAAAAACUAAAUGUUCAGGGUUUGAACUGACAUCUUCCUUGUUAGGGAGUUUGUGAAGUAAGAGCUGGGGGAACUGAUGAGCAAGCAUCAGGAGCAGAAGCAUCUGGGCCAAGACUCAGCGAAGCACAGUCCUCUGACGUGGACCCACGUUGAUCUUCAGAGAAGAGCUCUGGUGUGACGGAGACAGCACCUUCUCCCCAUCCGCCCAUGCACAAUUGUUAAUAGGAACGUUUUAGAGCCUUGGGCAUUGUCUAAUUUAAAUGAUAUUAAUUCUCUCAGGCUAUUUUUGUUACUAAGUGUUAUCCUAAAGUUAACUAAGGAUUCUCAAGGAGCACUUGUCUUUUGUCCUAUUGUCUGUAUAACA